CCCUUAGCAUUUUCUUCUCAGUUCUCGCUUUUUUUGUUUGACAUAAAAGAACUCAUUAUAAGUUGCUCCGAUGUAUUAACGCUCAACAUAAACCAGAACCAUCCAAGAAUAUUUCUCUGGUUUAGAAUUUUAAUAUUUAUUUCACAACCAUGAAGAAGAUCGAUUUAGGGAACCACCGCGAGACGGCUCAGCCGGAGUGCAUCAAAGCUCUCAUUGUCGAAUUCAUCACCACCUUUUUCUUUGUUUUCGCCGGCGUCGGAUCCGCCAUGGCCACAGACAGCUUAGUCGGAAACACUUUGGUGGGACUUUUGGCGGUCGCGGUGGCUCAUGCCCUUGUGGUGGCGGUUAUGAUAUCUGCGGGCCAUAUCUCCGGUGGUCACCUCAAUCCCGCUGUCACCAUCGGCCUACUUUUCGGAGGUCACAUCAGCGUCUUCCGCGCAUUCCUCUAUUGGAUUGAUCAGCUGUUGGCCUCCUCCGCAGCCUGCUUCCUCUUAAGUUACCUUACUGGAGGAAUGGGAACUCCGGUUCACACUUUGGCAAGUGGAAUCAGCUACACCCAGGGAAUCGUAUGGGAGAUCAUCUUAACAUUCUCACUUCUCUUCACUGUCUACGCCACGAUGGUGGAUCCCAAGAAAGGCUCCCUUGAUGGGCUAGGCCCACUUCUCACAGGAUUCGUUGUCGGAGCCAACAUCCUUGCCGGUGGCGCCUUCUCUGGAGCCUCAAUGAACCCGGCCAGAUCAUUUGGACCUGCUUUGGUCUCUGGGAACUGGACUGACCAUUGGGUAUAUUGGGUUGGACCGUUGAUCGGAGGUGGACUUGCUGGAUUCAUCUAUGAGAACGUCCUCAUUGACCGUUCAGAUGUCCCACUCGCCGACGACGAGCAACCAUUCCUCAAUUGAAUGCUUGAAUCUAUACUAUGCACGUUACAUAUCUAUCAGGCUCAUCACUAAUAAUGCAUCUUCUUGGUACACUUCAAGAUGUAUUUCUUGUGUUCUUAUCGUAUUUCAAGCAAUUUCUUUAAAUUUA